ACGUAUUCUAUGACGUCAAAUAAACUUUGGAUUAUGACAGUUGGACUUUCAUUUCCCCCAUUUCCCUUACUUAUCAGUAGUCACUGCCACUGUUUACAUUUUACAUUUACGAUAAAAAGCAUUUACACAGCUUUUACAUUUCCGCCUUCCACAACCAAAAUUUUGUGGAACUGUCACGCUGUCUGCUCUUUUCGUGAAUAAAAAUUUCGUUUAGUGAGGAUUGUUUUUGUUAGAUUAGUUGUGGAUUAGUUACCUUCAGUGAAGUGUUGUGGUUGUGGUUCGAUUCUAUUAGAACAAAUACUCUAGUAAAACUUUGAAAUUGUCCACAAUAUUUUUCUGAAAAUGUGUUUCUCAAUAUACCUAGUGAGGACUCAAGCAAGCAAUUGUGAGUUUGAUAAGAAACAAUAAUGUCUCCUGUCAUCAUUUUCGAGUUUUUGUAUUUUGAGUUAAAAAAAGUGUAGUUGCCUGGCUUAUUAUUAAUAUAAUCCAAAUAUUUUUGAAAAUUUUUAAAUUCAAAUUAAUUCAUUCACAAUGCAACGUUGGUUUUUCUUAGAAGAUCCCAGUUAUGCUGAUAUUCGUUCAGGAAAAGUGGAGACACAAAUAUCUAGCACAUCCUUGAAAUCAACAGAAUACACUCCAAAAAAUUGGCUGUUUCGUGUUAGUGUACCUGAAUUAAAAAAUGAUGAAUCUGUUUGUGUAGUAGGAGAAUUGCCAGAGCUGGGCUCUUGGCACCCAGAGAAAUGUGUGCCUCUUGCAAAAGAGGAAGAUGAUGGCAGUAUCUGGUCAGGUAUUAUUGAAAUUCCAGAAAAGAAAAAAGUACAAUUCAGAUAUUGCAUCUGUGUGGUUAUAGAACAGAAUAUUCAAGUAAUUGUUAAAAGCUGGGAGGCAAACUUAGUACCAAGAGAAAUAGAUUCAGAAAAUGGUAGUUCACCCAAAAUGGAAGAUCCUCCUCAUGAUUAUGGAUAUUAUAAUGAUAGAGAAAGAGUAGAUAGGGGUUGGUUAAAUAAAGAAACAGUCAUCCAACUCAAACUUUGCAACAAUCCCCUUUCAUUGUUUAGACCAAAAUAUCAUAACAGAUUGGUAAACAUCAAAGUAACACCAGUGAGUUUAACACGACACAGUGGCUUUCCUAAAACAAUGGCUGAAGUUCUAGAUGAGUCCUUAAGUGCAGAUACGCAAGAUUCUGUUGAGGCCCCUAGGCAUGCUUUUACAGAAGUAGCUAGUCUUAAUUCUGAGGAUCCAACUUUCUGUCUUCAAAAACAAUUUGGACAUGAACUCCAUAAAGAUGAUAUGCUUAUUUUUCAAUCUACUGUUUUGUUCCCAUCAAACAUUGCCUUUUUAAUUGAUCUCUAUAUUUACAGUACUAGAAGUGGCGAUGGAGAGCCUCCUUAUCAUGCAGGUUUCAGUUACCUAUUACCUUCUGUGUUACAAGCUUCUGAAGGAAAUGUAGUAUUACCAGUGACAAGUACAAAGCAUCGUCCUUUAGGACAAAUUAAAAUAGAUUAUUUAAUGAUUGGUCCAAUGCCCAAUUUCAAGUGUGAUAUGAUGAUUUCCUUUGCCAGACAUUGGAAGAAGACGAGAUCAGGUUUAGAUGUAGGUCAUAGGGGUUCAGGGUCCAGCUUUAAGCAAAGAGUACAAAACUGUGCAGAGGUUAGAGAAAACACAAUUGCUAGUUUGAGGAAUGCUAUUGAUCAUGGAGCCGAUUUUGUAGAAUUUGAUGUACAGUUAAGUAAAGAUUUGGUGCCCAUUAUAUACCAUGAUUUUCAUGUGUGUAUAUCCAUGAAGAAGAAAAAAGAAUUAGCAGACAAUGAUAUGUUGGAAAUUCCACUUAAAGAGCUUACAUUGGAUCAGUUGAGGUUAUUAAAGGUUUAUCAUUUAACUGAAGGGAAAACUAAAAACCAACGAUUUUUUGAUGAAGAUCUAGACGACCACCAACCAUUCCCGACCCUUCAGCAAGCUCUAGAAACUCUCGACACCCAUACCGGUUUCAACAUAGAAAUAAAAUGGACCAUGAAGUUGUACGAUGGUACAUAUGAGCUUUACCAUCCUACGGAUCUCAAUUUGUACCUGGAUACCAUUUUGGAUGUUGUACUGCGAUAUGGUGGUGAUAGAAGAAUAAUUUUUUCCUGCUUUAAUCCUGAUAUUUGCCAGGUUAUUAGAAUGAAGCAAAAUAAGUACCCAGUCAUGUUCUUGACCGUUGGAGAAAGUACUGUUUAUUCCAAAUACAGCGAUCCGAGGUGUUGGUCUAUUGAGUCAGCUGCUCGGUAUGCCAGAAUGAUUGAAAUAUUGGGAAUUAAUGUGCACACUGAGGACCUUUUGCGAGAUUCUAAUUUGCUAAAACACGCUACGGAAAACCAGCUGAUAAUAUUUUGCUGGGGAGAUCAAAAUGCCGAUAUAUCCACCAUAAAACAUCUAAAAGAACUAGGCCUUCACGGUGUGAUCUAUGAUAAACUGCACGAAUACAGUCCCAAGGAAACGAAAGAGAGCAUCUUCAUGGUGGAAGCGAGAGAAACGCAAAAAGAAAUGAUGGCAUUGGCCGCCGCUACCUCAGAAACUCCGCAGAGCCCGCCUCCUCAAGCAAUAAUCAAAGAGCCGGUUUUGGACUUCGAAAUGAUGAGGGGCCAGUUGGGCGAUGUUAUGUCCACAGCGACAUCUUUAGAGUCAUUAGAAAGUCGGUUUUCACAAUUAGAAAAAGUACAAGCUUCUGGUUAGAUUUGUUCCAAGCAAUUAUUUUAAUUUGAAAUGAAUGACGUAACCCCUAGUAUUUUACAAAUUUUUUGGUUUUGCAAAAUUAUUGUUUUAUUUUUUAUUUUUUCAUUGUAUUUAAAUGGGUUUUUAACAUAUAAAAGACAAAAGUUGAUAUUUUCUGG